AUGGGUGUUUGCUGUAGCAAUAAAAAUUAAAAAAAUCAUCACAAUAGUUAUGGUUUCUUAUCACCAACAAACAGAUAAUAAGAAUAAGAUGAAUAUGAGGAAUUAAGUGGAGAGAUAAAAGAGAUUUUAGAAAUGUAUUUAAAUUGUGAUAAGAAUUCUCCACAAAAUAAAAAUUUAGGUGAAUCAAAUCAAUUGAAACACAGUCUUGAAUAACCUAAUACUCCCUAUUUUAAGAAUUCUUAAGAUAGUGAUGAUAAAUUUUUGUAUUUGAAAUAAUCGAAAUAAGUUGAGGAAAUUAUAGUAAAUGAAAUUAAGAUUUAGGAAGCGUUCUUCUCAUAAGAAUAGUGAAAAGUUGGCUCCUGUAGAAGAAGAAAAUGAACAAUAAAAAUAGUAUAGCUAAUCAAAAUAUCCAAUAUUUCAAUUCAAAUGUAUAAUAUGUAAUAAGGAUCAUGAAUGGAUCCACUCUUGUACUUAAAGGUUAGUGUAUAAUGAUGAUAAUAUGAUAGUAUGUGAAAAAUGCAAAUUCAAAUAAAAAAUUACUGAAUAUGAUUUUAUUUGUCAAAAGACAUAAUAAAAAUUUAGAUUCACAACAGAGUAAAUAAAAGAUUUCGAAUUUUGA